AUGAGGGGCCUGCUGGUCCCGGGCGUGCUGCAGAGGGUCUGCGGGUCGGGGUUCACCGUCGUCGCUGGAGAAGAGACCACUGGGACCCCACAGGCGUGCACCCCGCGCCCAGAACUGGGCCCCGUCCUGUCCCUGUGGACCAGCUCGUUCCGGGCGUUUCACACACCAGCCCAGCCAACACGCGGACUGAGACUCGUAGUCCCUGCAGCUGGGGGCAAGCUGUUUCCCAUCUUCAUCAGUUACCUGUACAGCAGCAGCACGCAGCCUUCACCAACAGCGCGCUGUGGGAGCAUCAAGGGAGGUGGCCUGGAAGGCGUCCCCAGCCCCACCCGGGGUCCCAGAGCAGCGGUCUGGUCUCACGAAGGCUGCGCUCAUCCCACAGCCGUUUCCGCUGAAGCCGUAGUUGCCGCGACCUCCGACCUCAACCCCAAGCCCCUCGGAGGUCACCGCCGAGGCUUCUCCUCCCACUCCCGCGUCCCGCCCACUCCGCUCGGGCUGUUCGCGGAGGGCGAGCUGAUGUCGGUGGGCAUGGACACGUUCAUCCACCGCAUCGACUCCACCGAGGUCAUCUACCAGCCGCGCCGCAAGCGCGCCAAGCUCAUCGGCAAGUACCUGAUGGGCGACCUGCUGGGCGAGGGCUCCUACGGCAAGGUGAAGGAGGUGCUGGACUCGGAGACGCUGUGCCGCAGGGCCGUCAAGAUCCUCAAGAAGAAGAAGCUGCGGCGCAUCCCUAACGGCGAGGCCAACGUCAAGAAGGAGAUCCAGCUGCUGAGGAGGCUGCGGCACCGGAACGUCAUCCAGCUGGUGGACGUGCUGUACAACGAGGAGAAACAGAAGAUGUAUAUGGUGAUGGAGUACUGCGUGUGUGGCAUGCAGGAGAUGCUGGACAGCGUGCCCGAGAAGCGCUUCCCGGUGUGCCAGGCGCAUGGGUACUUCUGCCAGCUGGUGGACGGCCUGGAGUACCUGCACAGCCAGGGCAUCGUGCACAAGGACAUCAAGCCCGGGAACCUGCUGCUCACCACCGGGGGCACCCUCAAGAUCUCCGACCUGGGCGUGGCUGAGGCGCUGCACCCACUGGCUGCGCGUCCCAGCCAGGUCUCCCCGGCCUUCCAGCCGCCCGAGAUCGCCAAUGGCCUGGACACCUUCUCGGGCUUCAAGGUGGACAUCUGGUCGGCUGGGGUCACGCUCUACAACAUCACGACGGGCCUGUACCCCUUCGAAGGGGACAACAUCUACAAGCUGUUCGAGAACAUCGGGAGAGGCGACUACACCAUCCCCGGGGACUGCGGCCCCCCGCUCUCCGACCUGCUGCGAGGAAUGCUGGAGUACGAGCCCGCCAAGAGAUUCUCCAUACGGCAGAUCAGGCAGCACAGCUGGUUCCGGAAGAAACACCCGCCGGCCGAGGCGCCGGUGCCCAUUCCACCGAGCCCCGACACGAGGGACCGGUGGCGCAGCAUGACGGUGGUGCCCUACCUGGAGGACCUGCAUGGCGCAGCCGGCGAGGACGGGGAUGGGGACGAGGACCUCUUUGACAUCGAGGACGACAUCAUCUACACUCAGGACUUCACGGUGCCCGGACAGGUCCCAGAAGAGGAGGCCAGUCAGAACGGACAGAGCCGGGCCCUGCCCAAGGCUGUGUGCGUGAAUGGCACGGAGCCGGCACCGCUGAGCACCAAAGCCAAGACGGAGGGCAGGCCCGGCACCAGCGCCGCCCGCAAGGCCUGCGCCACCAGCAGCAAGACCCGCCGGCUGUCGGCCUGCAAGCAGCAGUGAGGGUGGCCCUGCAGGUGCGGCCCUCAGGGCACUGGGGCCUGGCCAGGGCCGGCGCCACCGCCACUGCAGCCACUGCACCGGUCCAGUGUAUGCGGGUCCUGCUGGCCACGGGUCUGGGUGGCGGUGUGCGGCAGCACCGCCUGU